CUUUCACGCUCCGCGGCUCCAGGCGAGAGGUCGUGCUGCUGCUGCUGCUGCUGCUGCUCGACGGGGCGGGGGGCUGGCAGCGCUUUGGAAAGGCGGAGCGCUCUCAUUGCCCCCUGCCGUCGAUGCUGCGGUUUCUUUUGCCGCUGGAGCUGCUGCAUGGGGCGCGGAGCUGCUGCUGCUGCUACUACUGUGGUCGCUGAGUCGCUGUUGCUCGGGGGAGCGGGCUCCCCCGGUCUUCUCCUCCUCCCUCAUCCUGCUCUUCCUCGCCCGUGGACCGCUCGCUGGGUCGCGCGGUGACCCAGGCAGAGGGUCCACCCUGGACGUCUUUCCUCGCUCCUCGUCUCGCCCUUUCCUCCUUUUGGAUGCUUAUUCCAGCCUCUCCCACUCUCCGCCGCCCUCCUCGUCCUCGUCGCCCUUCUCUUCCUGCUCUCCAAGUAGCAGCUGCGGCCAUCGCCGUCGGGGCUGCUCCGGCGCCAUGCACACGGUGCAGAAGGACACUACCUUCACGAAGAUCUUCGUCGGGGGGCUGCCCUACCACACCACGGACUCCUCGCUGAGGAAGUACUUCGAGGUGUUCGGCGACAUCGAGGAAGCCGUCGUCAUCACGGACCGGCAGACGGGAAAAUCCCGGGGAUAUGGCUUCGUGACCAUGGCUGACAGAUCUGCAGCCGAAAGGGCUUGCAAGGAUCCCAACCCCAUCAUUGACGGCCGGAAAGCAAACGUCAACCUUGCCUACCUGGGAGCAAAACCAAGGAGUAUUCAAACUGGUUUCACCUUAGGGGUCCAGCAGCUACAUCCAGCUCUCAUCCAGAGACCUUAUGGGCUCGCACACCACUUCAUUUACCCUCAAGCCAUCGUCCAGCCCAGCGUGGUCAUCCCGACCCCCGUGCAGUCGAUGACAUCUCCCUAUAUAGACUACGCAACGGCGACCCAGGCCUACUCGCAAUUUACCGCCACCGCUGCCUACGACCAGUAUCCGUACGCUGCCUCUCCUGCUGCCGGCUUCAUGGGAUAUGGCUACACAGGGGCUGUCCAACCACCUCUCACCGCCUCCAAUCCUGCUGUAGCCGCUUCCACCGCCUUCAUGCAGUAUCCAGCCACACAGCUACAAGCCGACCGUAUGCAGUAGAUGGCGGCAGCGUCACCUCCACCCCUUUUGGAGAAGGACUUAUUUCUUUCUUCCCAUGA